AUGGAUCCAAACACUGAACCUUGGGUUUAUCCUCUUUUCUAUCCACAUGGCAAUCAAGGUUGGCACAAGUCGAUACCGUAUAAGAUUAAAACUAAUAGAACUGUAACUCGUGCGGAUUAUUAUAAAUAUAAAUUAGCAAUUAGGGACGAUUUCAAUGUAUUUCUCAUGAGACGUCGAUUAACGCAACAGUGGAUUGUCGAUAGUUAUGUAAAGAUCGAAAAAGACAGAUUGAAUUAUUGCAAAUUCAAUCAAAAGAAAUUGCGGGCUGAAUCGUAUCAGGGCUUGGUAGACCAUUUACAAUCACGCAAUUCUGAUGGUAAUACAGGCACCAAUAUAGGUAAAAUUAUUAUCUUGCCAUCAAGUUUUACGGGUUCACCACGUAACAUGGUACAACACUAUCAAGACGCAAUGUCUAUGGUUCGUAAAUUUGGCAAACCUGAUUUAUUUAUAACUAUGACAUGUAACCCGAAAUGGCGUGAAAUUACGGAAAAUUUACUGCCAGGCCAAAAUGCUUCAGAUAGACCUGAUUUGGUUGCACGUGUAUUUAACAUUGAAAAAAAUGUUUUAAUUGAUAUGAUCGUCAAACAACACCUCUUUGGUCAAGCAGUUGCGUUUAAUUGGGUUAUUGAAUUUCAAAAACGCGGUUUACCACAUCUACAUAUGUUGGUUACAUUAACUGCUGGCUGUAAGAUAACAACUUCUGAACAUGUUGAUAGGUUAAUAUCAGCAGAGAUCCCGAAUCCUUUAAAUGGUCCUACUUUAUUUGAUAUUGUUACGAGGAAUAUGUUGCAUGGUCCCUGUGGAGAUUGGUGUUUAAUAAACAAUAUCUGCUCAAAAAAAUACCCCAAAAGUUUCAGACAUGAAACAACCAUGGACGAAAAUGGAUAUCCUUAUUAUCGUCGUCGGGAUGAAGGAAUGAUAUUCGAAAGACAUGAUCAUAUAUUCGAUAAUCGACAUGUUGUACCGUAUAAUAAGACUUUAUUAGAAACUUUUAAUUGCCAUAUCAAUGUAGAAGUUGUAUCUUCUGUAAAAGCCGUUAAAUAUUUAUUUAAAUACGUUUACAAAGGCCAUGAUAAAGCGGGAAUAACAAUAAAUGGAAGCAUACCGAAUACUAGACCGGAGCCAAUGAGGGAUCAAAAUCAAACUUCACAAAAUGAUGGUAACAUUCCGCAUACGAGACCAGAGCCAACGAGAGUUCAAAAUGAAACUUCGCAAAAUAAUGUAAAUAGCAGUACCGUAAAAAAUCAUGAUGAAAUUCGUAAUUUUGUUGACGCUCGCUAUGUUGGUCCUGUUGAAGGUGUUUGGCGAACCUUAUCAAAGGAUCUACAAGAUAAAAGUCAUUCCGUCACCCGAUUACCGGUACACUUACCUAAUCAACAAAGUAUCACUAUUACUGAUGAUUGUACCGAUAUCGACCUUCAUGAAGCCAUACAGAAACAAUCUAUGCUAAUUGAUUAUUUUAAAUUAAAUGAACGUGACCCAAAUGCUCAUCAAUAUAUUUACAGUGAUAUUCCUCACCAUUAUGUUUUUAAAAAAGAUAAAGACACAAAAAUUUCAUCUUGGCAACCGCGUAAAAGACAGUUCAAUGUCAUUGGUCGUAUGUAUUCUAUAAGUCCUGCACAAGUGGAAUUAUUUCACCUCCGAUUGUUAUUGCUUCAUAUUAAAGGUGCAACAAGUUUUGAAAAUCUGAGAACAGUUAAUAGAAUUUUAUGUGAUACUUUUAUGUCUGCAUGUUUAGCAGCUGGGCUUAUCGAAGAUGAUCAAGAAUGGAGAAAAACUUUGAUUGAAGCGGUGGUGUGGAUGAUGCCACGACAAUUGCGUUAUUUAUUUGUACGAAUAUUAAUGCAUUGUCAGCCACUCAAACCGGAAGAGUUAUGGAAUGAGUUUAAAGGGCCAUUGUCUGAAGAUUUCAACAGAAAUUUCGAACCAGAAGAAGCACAGAGAAGAGCUUAUAUUCAUAUUAAUUUUAUACUUAAUCGUGAAGGCCACAACAACAAGAGGAUCCACAAUUACUCUACAAUAAGCUUAAUGCCCAACAAAAAGAAAUUGUAG